AAGCGAUCCAGUUGGUAGCAGUAAUAGUAGCAGAAGGCUUUCAAUAUUGACGCACAUUGACGCUUAUCAAGAAUCCUAUAAUCGCCGAAAACUGAAAAAAGAUCUGCUGUCAAAUUCGAAGUAAUUUUCACAGAAUAAAGUAUAUUAUUAUAUAUCUUAGGAACAAUGUCAGAGAUCGUAGUAGAUGAAAGAGUAACUGACGAAAUUGAAGCACUAAAAGCAAUAUUGCUUGAUGAUGAAUUAAAUAUAAAAGAAAAUGACAGAGGUGAACCAGAAUGUAUUGAAACUGUGUUAUUUCCCUCAACUGGUGAAGAUUCACAGUCUCAAUAUGUUUGUGUAACACUUAUUGUUCAGUUACCUGUGGGAUAUCCUGAUAUAUCACCUACUAUUAGUCUCAGAAAUCCUAGAGGUUUAGAUGAAAAUACAGUGAGACUUAUGCAGUCAGAUGCAGAAGCAAAAUGUAAGGAUUUCAUAGGUCAACCAGUUAUGUUUGAACUCAUUGAGUUAAUAAGAGAACACCUUACAAGAAGUAAUCUUCCAACGGAUCAGUGUGCCAUAUGUUUGUAUGGUUUUCGGGAAGGAGAUGAAUUUACAAAAACUGAAUGUUAUCAUUAUUUUCAUUCACAUUGUUUAGCAGCACAUGUUGCUGCUGCAGAACGAUAUUAUAGAGAAGAACAAGAAAAAUUGCCACAAUGGCAACAAGAUGCAACAAAUAAAUUCCAGGCCAUAUGUCCUGUGUGUAGAGAAUCCAUCAAUUGCGAUGUAGAAAGCCUAUGGUCUGCUCCUCCGCCAAUUGAUGUUGAAGCUGCUAUCGAUUUUUCAGUAACUGCAGAGCUGAGAGAAUUACAAAAACAAAUGGCAGCAUUAUUCUUAAGGCAACAAAGGAGGGGUGGUAUAAUUGACUUAGAAGCUGAAGGUGUGAAAACAUUGGUUAGAACAGAAGAUGAGCCAGGUGCUACUACUGAAGGACCCAACCCUCCGGGAACCAGUUUAAAUGCAUAUUCAAAUCAAAAUAUGCAACCUGUUGAUCAUAUGCAAAUGCCACAAUCAAAACAGUCCUCACAGACACAAAAUCAUGCUCACUAUCAAUCAAGGCAACUACAUCAUAAUUACCAAGGUCAUAAUAACCAUGGCCAUCGAAACAGAGGUCGUGGACGAACUCAUUAUCGUCGUCAAUUUGACAGAGUUAGGCACACGGAAUCUACUCCCAGAUGACAAUGGGUUCGAGAUAAAUUAUUUACUGUCUGGUCUUCUAUUUUGCUAAGUGUAUACAAUAAUAUGAACAGCAUUAGUAGCAUAAUUGUGUAUGUAUUAUAUAAUAACUGUUUAAUUUCAAAUCACUUUUACGUACUAAAAUUAUAGGUUUCAUUGUUCAGCAACAUUCCUGUUAUAACGGUGUAUAAAAUGGGAUAUGUUGAGACUUCCAAUCCAUUGAGACUCCUGAAGCCAUGGUGCUCUUUUAAACGAUCUACAAUCGUACAAAAGUUAGUUCUUUUUUUUUAAUAUAAAUAUGUAUACAGAGCUGUAAGUACUGUAGCAUAUUACAAACAAGCAAAAGAAAGAAAAGAUACCCAAUCAAAAUGUUAUACUAAAAAUAUUUUAUACCAGUCAUUUAAAAUUUAACAGUCUCAGAGUAUAAAAAUAACAUGUAUCACUUUCAAAUUAAUCAUUUUCACAUAAAUUUCAUAACUUACAAUAUUCAUUUCUAUGCAAAAAUUUAUUAAUAAUAUAGAUUGUACUAUAUAACAGAGCAGACAUGGAUCAGUGUUUAAAGAAAUACUUGUUCAUUCCUUUUAAAGGAAUCGAAAAUUUCACUUUUGCUCUAUGCAUAUAUUCAGAAGCAAUGUAAAUCUUUAGAAAAAGUAUGUAAUGCUAUUAUAUAUCAAGUUUAACAUGUGAAAUAUACCUUUCUCUCAAGA